AUGCAUUGUCUCUUAUUGGCAGGAGUCCAGUUCCUCUUUGAUUUGAGAAUCGUGUUAUUGGGAAACAGAGCAGCAGGGAAAACCUCUUUGGCAAACCUAAUAACAGGUCAUGUGGAGCCUCAUCUGAGAAGAACUGCUCAGUGUGUGAAGAUGCAUGGAGAUUUUGCCGGAAGGCAGGUCACUGUAGUUGAUACGCCGGGCUGGUGGAAGAACUACUUUGUAAAAGAAACCCCUGAGUUUCAAAAACAAGAAAUUGUGCUUAGUGUGGCUCAUUGUCCUCCUGGGCCCCAUGCAAUUCUCCUAGUUAUCCGGGUUGAUGCUUUAUUCAAAGAAAAGCACAGGAGGUCAGCGCAGGAACACCUGGAGCUUCUGAGCGAGAGAGUCUGGAGUCGCACUAUGGUCGUGUUCACAUAUAGAGACCAGAUACAGGAACAAACUCUAGCGAAGGGCAUUGGAAGUGAAGCGGAAUCGCUUCUGCUUUGGCUGGUGGAGAAAUGCGGAUAUAGAUAUCAUGUUAUUAAUACUGAGAGAUCCAGUGGUAUGCAGCUUACAAGGCUAUUAGAGAAAAUAGAUGCCAUGGUCAUGGGAAAUGUCAGCUGUCAUUUUGAGAUGGACAGAAAGUGGUUGCGCAAAGUGGAGGGAAUAAUGACGAAGAGAAGCUUGAGAGCAAACCAGAGGAGCAAGAUGGUACAGGAUCAGUGGGAGACUCUGCUUGUACAACAAGCUUACACAAAAGUGCACAUUUCAAAGAUGCGAAUGAUAAUAUUAGGCUUCCGAAGAGCUGGGAAAAGUUCAGCGGUAAACAGCAUUUUAAGCAUGGAGGCAUUCACAUCGAAGAGAACCUCUGCAUGUGUAAGAAGACAAGGUGAAGUGAACGGGACCCAUUUGACAAUAGUGGACACUCCAGGCUGGUGGAAGUGUCUCUCAGUGACUGAUACUGCUGAACUGGAUAAAGGAGAACUUUUAUUCAGCACAGCCCUCUGUCCACCAGGACCACAUGCAUUUCUGCUGACUCUGCGAUUGGACAUGUCAUUUACAGCAGAAGAGAAGAUGUCAGUGGACGAACACAUGGAGCUUUUUGGUGAGCGAGUGUGGACUAAUACUGUAGUGCUCUUCACACACGGAGACUGUCUAGGGGACGUGACUGUUGAAGAGUUUAUUGAGGGUGAAGGGGAGGCUCUGCAGUGGCUGAUUGAGAAAUGCGGGAACAGGUAUCAUGUCAUCAACAAUGAGAACUGGAAUGAUGGCGGUCAGGUCACAAACCUGCUGGACAAGAUAGAAAGGACGGUGGCACAAAAUAAGGGGUGUUGUUAUGAAAUUGACCAGAAGGCUGUAAGGCAAGUGAAGCAGAAAUGGAAAGUGGCAGAGAAGAGAGCAAAGGCACGAGUGAAGAAUCAGAUGAGGAGGAUGAAGAGUACUAUGAAGGAUACUGGAAAUAAUGUCUCUGAAUUUAGUCUUGUGCUCCUGGGUUAUGGAGAAGCUGGGAAGAGUUCAGCAGGGAACACUAUCCUGGGCAAACAAGCUUUUGGAUCAGGAAGAACUUCUCGGUGUGUUCAGAGACAUGGAGAAGUUGGAGGGCAGAAGGUCAGCAUCAUAGACACGCCUGGCUGGUGGAAACAUCUGCCCAUACAGCAAACCCCUGAACUGAACAAAGAGCAAAUCACCCACAGUGCAUCUCUAUCCACUUCAGGGCCGCCUGCUUUCAUUUUGGUAACUCGUGCUGACUGUUCUUUUAAAGAGCAGGAGCGGAAGGCGAUGGAGGACCAUUUGAACCUUUUUGGAUCCUCGAUUUGGGAUCACAGUCUAGUUUUGUUCACUUUUGGGGAUCUGCUUGGAGAUAGAACCAUUGAGCAGCACAUUGAAUGUGAAGGAGAAGCUCUACGGUGGCUUGUUGACAGAUGUGGAAACCGGUAUCAUGUUUUUAAUAAUAAAGCUAAAGGAGAAAGUCAGCAGGUCAGAGGUCUGCUGGAAAAGAUUCAGGAGAUGAUGGUGGCAAACAAAGAGAGAGAUGACAUGGAGGAGCUGAAGAAGGUGACAGAGAGGAGGAGGAAAGUGGAGGAAGACAAAGCAAACACCAGGAUGAAGAGACAGAGAGGUACAGAUGAAGAGGAAUCUGAUGAUGUGUUUGUUGAGGGUGAAGAUGAUGAAGUCCUAUGGGAAUCUUGGGUAAAAAAACUAUAACUUUAAAUGUCCCUUUAAAUUUUCAUGGUAGGUUCUUAGUAUACAAUUUGAGCCAAAAUCAAUUCUAAACUCUAAA